GUAGUAUUUUUGAUUACGUCUGUCAUGUCAUCGUCAUCCCUUUAAUAAACAGUUGAAUUUUUCAAUUUUCAUUUUUUCAUUGCACAAUUUUGAAGGCAAAGGGAUUCAAAAGUACAAACUACUUGGAAAAUUAUUAUUAUCGUUAUAUUCUUAUAUGUACAAGCACGAAAUGAAGUAUUUUAAGAAUUUUCUUUGUCCUUUGUAAACAAAAUGAAAUAAACCAACUUAAUUUAUAAAUAACUCAAAAAACAAAAAAAUAUGGGUAGUAGUUUCCACAAUUUCUGAUCUGCGAAGGUUAAGAUUUAUGCGUCUGUUUUCAUUGUCUGUCCGUCAGUGCCAAGCUGGUAUUUUGGAAUAAAAUGGACUAUUUACCUACUGAGAUUAUUGAAAGAAUUUUAAGAUAUUGUGAUGGGAAAACGUUAUUAAAUGCUAGGAAAACUGAUGAAAAAUUUAAGGCUGUAGUGGAUUAUUUAACGCAGAAAACAGAAAUCUGGAAAUGCUGUUGCAAUGAAGAUAUACCAAAGAAUCAACUUAUAGAGUAUUUGCAACGUUACAAUGAAGAGAGCUAUGAUAAAUGGCUAAAUAUUUACAUAAAUUGGAGUUCUUGGGAAAACCCCAAACAAGUAGUGUGUGAUAUUAUUUUAAGUCCUGUAGAAGUACCUAAAAUAUCAUGUAUGGCUGUUUCUCGCCAUUUUAUAGCCGUAGGAUCCCAAGAUGGGCGACUUAGGAUAUUUACAAAUCAGUGGAAAAUUGUAUUUUCUGCUAGGCUUUUAGCAGUAAGGAUAAACAGCCUUACUUUUAUCGAAAGUGAACAUGAUGCAAAAGGCAUUGAUAUGUGCCUUGCACUUUCAUUUAACAAUGGUCUUAAUAUAUUUUGCUUUGAUGGACUGUAUUCAAAUCAUCUAGAAGUCCAUGAUGUAAAAUCACACAGUGUUUACAAAAAUUUUAUUUGCUACGAAAAAAUAGGAGGCCGAAUCACCAUAGCAAAACUAAAAAGCAUCGAGGGAGGUAGACGAGAAUUGUCUGAAAUUUGGUUCUCCAGGAUCUAUUCGCCAUCGAGUUUGUCAUGUAUGAAGAUGUGGGAUGGUGUUUGUACGUUCCUAAUCAAUAACGAAGUAAAAAUAAUAGAAUACGGAACGAUAGAAGGGUCCACUAUGGAUUUGAUGAAGAAGAAAACGAAAAUUUCGUUUAAUUUUCCGUUGAGUGAUACUUCCGUGACGCAGAUAUUAAGAAAUGAUGUCAUAAUUAGUUUAAGUAAAUGUGAGGAUUUUCUUAAUUGUAAUCUUAUCGAAUUUUUUCUACUUGGAGAGAACGACAAAUGCAGCAAGAAAGCGUUCAGUAUCUGGGAGAUAUUUAAAUGUUUCAUCACUUGCAUUUAUGUUUACGGAAAUACCUUAAUUUUAGGUACCGACGUUGGAAGUAUAUACAUAUAUAGCGUGUCCAGUUGGAAAAAUUUGGAUUUGCGGAACUACAGCCACAAGUUGUUAAUUGGAAAGCAUCCCAUCACUUGCAUGGACGUAAAGGAGAUGCAGAACGAACGCAGAAUAUACGUUGCGACGCGAAUAAACAUCCACGAAGUGUCUGGAUUCUUACCGAACGUUUACUGAGCCUAACACGCUGAAGAUUUUUGUAUUUUAAUAUGUUUAUUAGAUAUAUAUGCAUUUGGACUGUUAGAUAGUAUUUGUUGUAUCGGUGUUAUCAUUGUAUCAGUGUUAACCGCCAAAAUAUCAGUUCUUACAUACAGUGAACGUAUCUUAUGGUGAGGUGCGUGGAGUAACGAUAAUCGAGUUCAGCAUUCUUUCAGUGGCGUAUCUGCUAUGUAUUAUGGUUCAUUUUUUAAAUAGGAGGAGUAAUUCAAAUUUACCGCGCCUUAAUUCUUGUUUGUAAUUGGUCCAACUGCUGGCAAGUUUACUCCAAUAAAUUAUUAAAUUUUGACACUAUUGACAUUUAUGAAAUUUUGACACUAAUAGCAUUUAAAAUUCAUAGAUUAAUUAAGUUAUGUCGGCGAUUUUUUGUUUUCUGUGAUAUUUCUUUAAUUUUUAUUGUGCAUUUAUAUAAAAACAGUUGUUUUUGACCUCUUUGGCAAUGUUUUAGUAUAUUUUAUUUAUGGAUUACCGUCGAAGGCCGACAUGAUCAACCAAAAAAGAAAAUGAAUCUGGUUAUUUUUCUAGUGACAUUAUUGGGCCCUGAAUCUGUCUGUUGAGUGUACUCCUCCUAUUUAAAAAAUGAACCAUAGUUACUGCUACGUGUUGUAGAUUUGAGAUGAAGGAGUCACUUGGUCUUGUACACCUUGCUUGAAAGUUUUCUUUUACAUACUCUCUAGCUAUGUCAAGCUUCUUUUGGAUCGAGACCUUGCUUCAGCGGAUUUUCAGCAGAUGUCCUUUCCUGCGUUGGAUUUUUACGGUUCUUACUGAGCUUUUUCGCUGUUUUGCUGACCAAUUCUCUGUAAUGAACGUCUGGUUUGUAAGGGGAUCCAGUUUAAUAGUUUUUUUUUGUCGAUUCUUAGUCUAUUCUAGGAAUAUUAACAUGCCUGAUAGGGCUAAUAAAACUUGGAGGUUCCCUGAUACUGGAGUUGAGGCAUUUUAGCUUUCAUGACAAGAUUUUAAUGUUCUCGGAGAGAUUGAUAAGCAUUAGUUAGCAUUAUCUGGGCUGCGGUGGGAUUAUUGGGUUCUUACUGAGCUGCUUCGCGGUUUUGCUGAACAAUUAUCUGUAAUGAACGUCUGGUUUCUAACGGGAUCCAGUUUAAUAGUUUCGUUAUCGAUUCUUAGUCUAUUCAAGGAAUAUGAACAAGCUCGAUAGGGCUAAUGAAACUUGGAGGUUCCCUGAUACUGGAGAUGAGGCAUUUUAGCUUUCAUGACAAGAUUUUAAUGUUCUCGAAGAGAUUAAUAAACAUUAGUUAGCAUUAUCUGGGCUGCGGUGGGAUUAUCGGGUUCUUACUGAGCUUCUUCGGCGGUUUUGCUGACCAAGUCUCAUUAAUGAACGUCUGAUCAGUAACGGGAACCAGUCUAAUAGUUUCUUUCUCGAUUCUUAGUUUUUUCUGGGGCUAGGAACAUGCCUGAUAGGGCUAACGAAGCUUGGAGGUUUCCUGAUAAGGAGUUGAAGCAUUUUAUCUUCCACGACCAGAUUUUAAUGUUCUCGGAGAGAUUGAUAAGCAUGAGUUAGUGUUAUCAGCGCUGCGUUGGACUUUGAGACAUUUUAGCUUUCAUGACAAGAUUUUAAUGUUCUCGGAGAGAUUGAUAAGCAUUAGUUAGCAUUAUCUGGGCUGCGUUGGGCUUAUUGGGUUCUUACUGAGCUUCUUCGGCAGUUUUGCUGACCGAUUCUCAGUAACGAACGUCUAAUUUGUAACGAGAACCAGUCUAAUAGUUUCUUUGUCGAUGCUUAGUCUUUUCUGGGGCUAGGAACAUGCCUGAUAGGGCUAAUGAAGCUGGGAGGUUUCCUGAUAAGGAGUUGAAGCAUUUUAGCUUCCACGACCAGAUUUUAGUGUUCUCGGAGAGAUUAAUAAGCAUUAGUUAGUGCUAUCAGCGCUGCCUUGGACUUUUUCGGUUCUUACUGAGCUUCUUCGGCGGUUUUGCUGACCAAUUCUCAUUAAUGAACGUCUGGUUUGUAGCGGGAUCCAGUUUAAUAGUUUUUUUUUGUCGAUUAUUAGUCUAUUCUAGGAAUAGGAACAUGCCUGAUAGGGCUAAUAAAACUUGGAGGUUCCCUGAUACUGGAGUUGAGGCAUUUUAGCUUUCAUGACAAGAUUUUAGAUUAAUAAGCAUUAGUUAGUGUUAUCAGCGCUGCCUUGGACUUUUUCAGUUCUUUCAGUUUAAUAGUUUUUUUGUCGAUUCUUAGUCUAUUCUAGGAAUAGGAACAUGCCUGAUAGGGCUAAUGAAACUUGUAGGUUCCCUGAUACUGGAGUUGAGGAAUUUUAACUUUCAUGACAAGAUUUUAAUGUUCUCGAAGAGAUUAAUAAGCAUUAGUUAGUGUUAUCAGCGCUGCCUUGGACUUUUUCUGUUUUUACUGAGCUUCUUCGGCGGUUUUGCUGACCAAUUCUCAUGGUCAUUUCGCUGACCAAUGAACAUCUGGUUUGUAGGGGGAUCCAGUUUAAUAGUUUUUUUGUCGAUUAUUAGUCUAUUCUAGGAAUAGGAACAUGCCUGAUAGGGCGAAUAAAACUUGGAGGUUCCCUGAUACUGGAGUUGAGGCAUUUUAGCUUUCAUGAGAAGAUUUUAAUGUUCUGGAAGAGAUUAAUAAGCAUUAGUUAGUGUUAUCAGCGCUGCGUUGGGCUUAUUGGGUUCUUACUGAGCUUCUUCGCGGUUUUGCUGACCAAUUCUCUGUAAUGAACGUCUGGUUUCUAACCGGAUCCAGUUUAAUAAUUUCUUUAUCGAUUCUUAGUCUAUUCUAGGAAUAGGAACAUGCCUGAUAGGGCCAAUGAAACUUGGAGGUUCUUGAUACCGGAGUUGAGGCAUUUAGCUUCUACGACAAGAUUUUAAUGUUCUCGGAGAGAUUAAUAAGCAUUAUUAUAUUUAGUAUUAUCAGCGCUGCGUUGGACUUUUUCGGAUUUUACUGAGCUUCUUCGCGGUUAUGCCGACUCUCAGUAAUGAACGUCUGGUUUGUGACGAGAUCCACUUUAAUAGUUUGUUUAUCUAUUCUUAGUCUAUUCUAGGACUAUACUCAUGCCUGAAAGGACUAAUGAAACUUAGAGGUUCCCUAAUACCUGAGUUGAGGCCAUUUAGCUUCCACGACAAGAUUUUAAUGUUCUGGGAGAGAUUGAUAAGCAUUAGUUAGCAUUAUCUGCGCCGCGUUGGAUCUUCUCGCUUCUUACUGAGUUUGGUCUCGGUUUUGCUGAUCAAUUCUCAGUAAUGAACGUCUGGUUUGUAAAGGGAUCCAGUUUAAUAGUUUCUUUGUCUAUUCUAGAACUAGGAACAUGCCUGAUACAGCUAAUGAAACUUGGAGUAACGUGAUACGGACUUAAGUCCUUUUAUAUUCAAGGACAAGAUUUUAAUGUUCUCUGAGAGGUUGCUAUUAGUUACUUUUAUCUCGCGGGUUCUUAAAGGCGGUCCUUUUAAAAUUUUGACAACAAAACCUCACCGUAAUUUGCGUUUGUUGUAAACUGUACUAUACAGCUACGAUAAAUUGUAUAUUUACUGUGCUAUUUCACCCCUAGUUGCCGUUUUUGCGAUUAAUAGAUCAUUGCUUUUGCUAUAUAAAAAGUCACAAGAAUAGGUGAAAUGGAGGAACUCCAAAUCAAAAAAGAAGUUAUAUUAGUAUCAAAUUUUAUAAUAUAUAAUUAUAUUAGUAUCAAAAACUAAUUGUAAUGGUAUUAAAGUACGACCGUCAAUUGAAAUAUAAUAUGUAAUUCACAAGGACGUUUGUCGGAGGGUUAUCAAUCACAAAAUUGGAGAAGUAAUCAGAAAGAUCUUGCUACUUCACCUUUAUUUGAAUACGUUUCGAUACAUAUCAUCAUCAACCCGUACACGUCCACUGCUGGAUAUAGGCCUCCCUCAGCUCUUUCCAUCUGUCUGUUUUGUGCGGCUUGCAUCCAGUUACCGAUAACAUGUUUCAGAGCGUCGGCCCAUCUGGUUGGUGGGCGUACUCUGCUCCGUAGUGCUCGUGGUCUUCACUCGACAAUACGUUUUGUCCAUCCGUUGUCUGACAAUCUGGCGACGUGUCCUGCCCAAUUCCAUUUUAACGAUGCGAUUUUUUCGACACCUUCUGUUGUUUUUGUUCUACGGCGUAUUUUUUCGUUUGGGAUUCGGUCUCUCAGGGAGACACCCAACAUCUGGCGCUCUAUAGCCCUCUGAGUUACACGAAUCUUGUUUACUAUCUUUUUGUGAGUGUUAAUGUUUCGGCUCCAUAAGUGAGUACAGGCCACACACUGGCCAAAGAUUUUCCUUUUGAGGCAUAUGGGCAAGUCCGAUUUAAAUACAUAUGUAGUUCAGUUUACCAAAUGCUGCCCAGGCUAAUCCUAUGCGACGUGGGAGCUCGCACGUUUGGUUAUCUCUUCCCAACCGAAUUUCAUGUCUCAAGUACUUAUAAGUUUUCAUACACAGUUCUUCUAAAAGUAAUAACAUAACUGACAAGAAUUUGCAGCUCUACAAAGGUAGAAGCGAAGCAUAAGUUCAACACAGGAACCAUGGAAUUAAACUUUCAGCUGCAAGUUCUGGUAAGUUAUUUUUUGUAACUUUCAUUAUGGAUGUAAGCUCAUUGAAUUAUAGAAUGAACUGAUGAUGUAUAUGAAUUCAUGUCCUAAACGUCUUCAAUAAAGGAUAAAGCAGCAAGAUCCUUUUGUUUUCUUCUCCAAUCCUCCCACUAGGAUACUUGUGGUAGGUUUAUCGGUCAAAAAAUUGAAUGUGUUAAGACGCAUGGAAUGUGGUAAACAAGAUUAAUUUGUUUAAGAGAAGACAAAGGAGUUUUAGUUUUGGAAAAUAAGUUCCUGACAGUUUUAGCGUUCUUAAUCGCUACUUUGAAUGCUAUUCGCUCCGUGCAUGACUGACGCGACACCUAGCGUAGCCUCCUGAAAUUUUUGGCGAACACAAUUUGACGUUAAACAUAUUAUAAGAUACACAUAUGACAUAUUUGACGUUAAUGUAAUAUUUUAUUUAUCAUUUUUGAUAAAAUUUAUUAUACAAACAAUAAGUUCGAGUGUCGAAUAAACGUCAAAUUAAAAAGCGGAUAUUUGGAAGUUUUCUGAAGAAAAUAUCAAUUUUAAGGGUUUUUCUUCACUUUUUCGUUAUAGUUUAGCUGUCGGUGUUAACAUUAAUUACAGUUGAGUUCCCGAGUCUUUACCCGUACGUCAUCAUUUAAAGUAUACGAAAUAAGUCGGAAAUUUAUUAAACGCAACAGUAAGUGACAGAAAGUGGCUAUUAUUCCGAUCACGGGAUAUAGUAUAAAAUUUGACGUUAUCAAGUAAAUAGAAUAUCAAAUUUAAGUUUUGCUUUAAAAUUUUGGUGCAUAAUUACAGCUACAUUUGAAGUAGCUUAAUAAAUUCUUUUAUUAUCAUUGCUUAAUAAAUAAAUAAACAAUUUAUAAAAAAAUUCGAUAACAUACUUUCUUUUAGUUAUUUUAUUCACUUUGGCGGAACAUUAAACACAAGCAUUCCUUAACUUUUUCAACAAUGAGGUUAUUUGUACGUUGUCAAAAUUUGUCGUAAAAUAACAUAAACUUUCUAACUCCAAUAAUAAAUUAGUUGUGAAAACAACUGUUUGUAUACUAUAAAAAACUUCAAAACGCAAAAAUUCGGCAAAAUAACAGCAAAAAAUUUAACAAACUGACAGCCACAAAAGUAAACAAACCAAAACGUCAGAAAUUGUACUUAAAAUAUGUGAAAACUUCCCCAAUUGUCUUUCUUUGUACUUACCUCUUUUCAAUGCACUGAGUCUAGAUCGUUCAUAAAAAUAACAUGUGUUUUUACUUAAUAACAAACGGCAGCUGGUUUGUCAUGAAUUUCAUGCGUGGAAGAGAAUGAUGCUAGAUAAAAAGUAUGUGUUUUAUCUCGCCAGGUAUUAAUGACGCACGGGUAAAGACUCGCGGACUCAACUGUAAGUGUACAUCGAAAACAAUUAGACAGUGUGAAUUAUGAUUACCAGAUUUUAACAUUAGCUGGGUCUAUUGAACUAUUAAUUUUGUGGUGUGUGUGUAACACAAAAUGGAAAUAGCUGACGAUUGGAAUAUACCACCAGAUCGGGGAAGGAAAGAAAGUCAGUAUGAAAAUAUAAAUAUAAAUAAUAAAAAUCAAAACGGCAAUAAUAUGGUAAGCGAAGUAUCUAUUGAAAAAAAUUAUUAUUCAAUCAUUAUUCGCCAAAGUUGUCAUAUUUCGCCACUACGGGCGCUGUCAUAGUUUCGUGUGUCCCUAUCAUGGUCACGCACGGAUCGAAUAUUUCUACACAAUUUAAUAAGUUUAUCUGUACCUUGAGGAAAGUACGGUAAUGCUGAAUAAUGGAAUGUUGAUAAAGUCAAUUGAGUCCCAUGUGUUGUAGUUUGUAGUUCUUAAUCGCUAAGCGCUUAAUCUUGUUUACGGUAAUGUAUAAGACCGUUAGCGUAGACAUUUCAAACACUGUUCUAUAUUUAGCCAAAGAAUGUUUUGUAUCUUUAUUAUUUUGAUAAUAAAAUGAUUUUAAUUGUC